GAAGUGGAUGUAAGCCAGCAGGUGGAGGAACACGUUACUAAAUGACACAGAGCAGCAGCCUGGAAGAAAGAGGCUGAUCUGUACUGGGAAGGGAGGGGAGAGAGAGAGCGAGCAAAGCAGUGGGGAACUCUCUCAAUGUGAUAAUGCUUUAUAGAGCCCAUGCUGCUGGUACUGCUACCGGCUGCUCCUCACACACUUCUGUCCUGUGAUGGAUUAGUUAGCUUGCACAAAGGGGGCUUCUAUCCGUGAAACUUACGCACUGUCCGCCGUUGCCUGAAAAGCACUUGGAAUAAAUGACUGAUACAAGACUGAGUCAUCGUUUCAGAGAGGAAUUCAUCUGCAUGGGAAAUGAAUGCUGCGGGGAAGCAGCCUCCACCCCAUCUAGAGCGCCCGGACACCCUUCUCGUACCAACUUGGACUAAAACUGGUUUUGCCCAACUGUACAAUGAAGGUUCAGAAAAUGCUUGUGAUAUACGCCUGAAACUUACUAAGGAAGCACUGACUUUACAAAAGCAAGACGUUAUCUGUGUUUCUGGGAGUGACCAGAGUACAAAUCGCAGAACUGUUACACUUCAUAGACACCAUAUUGGAGGACUGGGUUUAAGCAUCAAGGGUGGAGCACAACAUAAAGUACCUGUUGUUAUAUCAAAAAUCUUCAAAGAUCAGCCAGCUGACAAGACUGGAAUGUUAUUCAUAGGAGAUGCAGUAAUGCAGGUUAAUGGCAUAAAUGUUGAAAAUGCGAAUCAUGAAGAAGUGGUUCACUUAUUACGGAAUGCUGGUGAUGAAGUCACAAUUACUGUUUACUAUUUAAAGGACGCACCUUCAUUUCUUAAGCUGCCACUAGGUUCUCCAGAUCCACCUAGUGACCAAAGCAGUGGGGCAUCAUCUCCUCUUUUUGAUAGCGGUUUACAUUUAAAUGGAAAUAUUUCAAAUACGGCUCCUUCAUCUCCUUCCUCUCCGACAGUUAAACAAGUCAAAUAUGAGAAGCGAUGGAUAGAUGCACUUUCAAUUCCACUAUUGAUGGCCCGGAUAUCAAGGUUCAGAGUUUCAACAGUAAAGUUAAGACGUAACUCAUUUGAACUGCUGGCACUUGAUGGAAUAUCUUCUGGGAUACUUCAGUUUAAUACAGCCCAUGACAGUGCUGACUGGUUAAAAGCAAUAUCAACAAACAUCAAUGAUCUGACACUACAAAAUAUGAAAAUGGUGAACAAAUGUUAUUCUAUGUGUGACCAGAUCAUCCACAUGGGCUGGGUGAGUGAAAAAGUACAUGGUUCUGACGGAUCACACAUGUAUAAAGUCAAGUUCCUGGUUUUGAAGGGCUCGUCUUUCUACAUAUUUAAGACACCACCAGUCAGUACACUAGACUGGGUACGAGCGGAAAAGAUAUAUAACCUCUGUGAGGUUUUAUUUAAAGUAAGCAAGGUUUGGCCUGCUGAUGAAAUCUGGAUUCAGGAAAAUCUGUAUUUAAAUCAUAAUCAAAAUGAAGAGCUUGAAGAUCAAAGACCUUACUGCUUCAGCGUGCUAGUUGGGAAUGGAAAAAGUCAUUAUUUUAGUGUAGAACUUGGUGUCGAUUUACCAGUCUGGGAGAGGUCAUUCCAAAAAGCAAUUUUUAUGGAAGUUCAACGAACUGGGUCCAAAACAUAUGUUUGCAGCAGCCAAGGUGAGGUGGUUUGUUUCACUGUGGACUUCAUCUCAGGAUUUACGUGUUUUGACAGCAAGUCAAAGAACAUCAGCUGGAGGUUUAAGUUCUCCCAAUUAAAAGGAUCAUCGGAUGAUGGGAAAACCAGAGUGAAGCUACUUUUUCAGAGCCCUGACACCAAACAAAUUGAAAUGAAGGAGCUAGAGUUUCAGGACCUGACAGCGGUUCUACACUGCAUCCAUUCUUUCAUUGCGGCAAAAGUUGCAUCUAUGGAUCCCAUGUUCAUAAACAGCCAAAGUCACGCUAGAAAAUAUAUUUACAACACGUAAACAUCAAAGCUCUAUGGCAAAACAAGAACUAUUUUCCUACAGAAUUUAUUUCACGCACAGCAAAAUUUUAAAGGACUUCAAUACAAAUGACUAAAAUGACUGAAAAGAAGACUAUUUUUGUUAUUUAUCAUGUUUCAUUUUGGCUCAAAGCAUCAUUUCAAUGUACUUCAUGGAAAAUAUUGAAAGCACAUUUUCCUUACCUUGUAUAAGUGGAGAAGACAAUGAUUUAGCACUUUAAAAUAACUGCUCCAAGAUUUUGAACAAAAUUACUAAAAAUGUACAUUUUUCUUUUUCAUUAAACCCGUUAUAUAGAAAUACAACAAAACAGAAUUGUAUUAUUCAUACAUUAUAUAUUAUACAGAGGCAGACAGUACUCUAUUAGGCCCAUCUGCUAGAUUAGUGCUCAGGCACCUUCUCCUUUACUAAAAACCAGACUGGGUGUCAUCCCCAUGCAGCUUCAUAAAGUGAACACAUGGUAUGUGCCCUUACAAACAGGCCUGGUUUUAGGGUAGGGCAGAACAUUUAACAGGGGGGAGAACUUGGACAGUAAUGUCAUUACAAAACAACUGACUAAUAUUGUUAGCACUCGUGUUGAGUUCUCCAAACUGCAAGCUCCAUCUGAAUGCAAAUCACAGCAUUCUUCACCAGAUGCAUCACAGGAUGGACAUCCCAAAUGGAGAAUUAUCCUUAGAGUAGGCACAUCUUUUUUCUCAGUUAGGGCCCCAGUUUUUAUACAUCCCCUGAAACUUCUAUAUUAUAUACAUAUAUAUAUUAUUCAACGCUGUCUUCUUCUGUGUGCAACUAAGGUCUAUUUCUGAAUAUAUAGUACAUAUAUUUAAAGUAUUUAUGUAUUUUGAUAAGAACUGAAAAAAAAUCAUAUCUAAUUUGUGUGAAAAUUGCACAUUUGUGAAAAUACGUUCUAAAAUUCUAUUCUUUGCAUACCAUUUUUUGGAAGUUAAAAUUAGAUGGUAACUAUAUGGAUAUCCUAACUUGGGGUUGGUUCAGAGCAAUAAUAUGGAAAUGUCUACACUAAAAAUGAGAGGAGACAAGGAGGAAUGAAAGAAUGUGAUUUAUAGAGUGGAGCUGAUGGAAUAUGAGGGAGUGAGUGGACAAGAAAGCAAAGUAUGUAUAUGUAAAGGUCAAGGAGUUGCCUGGGAUAAAUUAAUACAGAAAGUAUAGGGAGGGUAAAACAGGAAGGAACAAUGUUACCAUUGCACAUAUAAAUAAUAUCUUAUAAAUUAUUUAUACUGUAGUUAUCUUUUUUUUCUGGUGGUUUUGGCUCUGGCCUACAGCUCAGUAAUAGGAAGUGGGUGUACAGUAUUGAUAUCACCCUCUGUUCUGUUUUAUGAAGUCCUUUGCAUUAACUGGAAACUUUUGUUAAAACCUGAUAGAUAACCUCCCAAGAAAUGAGGUUAUCUAAUAGUAGGUGAAAUUUAUUUCUGACAUGUGACCAGGAACCACCAAGAACCACUAGGACUGGGAACCUACCAUCAAGACCCAUUUUUCAUGUGAUUCAUAAAAAAUUGCAUACAAAGACCCACAAUCUUGAAUUUUUCGGAAUUUGAGUUUUCUGAAAACGUCUACAAAAUGUGGCAACUAAAACCUUGUAAGCUUCUAUAGAAGUCAAUGGGAGGUGUUUUUUUAUAUUCAGGCUAUUGAAGUUUUUGUGUUGGUUAAACAGGCAAAAUUUAUGUAAUAAUGCAAUGUUUAUUUUUUCCAGUUUUUUUUAACUUGAUUGAGAAAUAAAAUUGGUAAUUGUAAACAAA